AUGACGACUAUUGUUGAUGUAAAGGUGAUAAAAGGUCAUGUGAUGUUACUUCUAAUUGUUUUGCAAAUUCUAUUCCACUUCGGAAGUUGCAUACCAAAACGUGGUAAUGAACCGUGGUCAAUAAUACUGUGUAAAUUUGCUGAUAAUGACUUCGAACCCAAAUCCAAACAGUGGGUUCAGCGGUGGAUCAACGGUAUUAAUCAAACCGGUACUUUUUUGUUUUAUUUUACUUUAUUUUGUUUAGUUGUUCGCUGUUUUUUAAAAGGCUGGUCAACCCAUCUCUUUAGCUCCACGUUUUCUUCGAAAGAAGGCUUAGGAUCUUUCAGCUUAAAUCUGAAUUUGGAUGCCUCUGCUUUACUUUUGGUGCACUCUUGUGAAAAACCUGAAAAUCGAGUAAACAAUUCAGAUUCAAUUGAACAAUACUUUGACGACGUGUCUAAUAAAGUGUACUCGAUAAAGGGUUCUCAAGUACAUGGCUGGCAUACUUUACAGUACAGUCUUGAAGAAACUCGUAAACUUGCUGAAACCGAUGCAGAUCUUCAAGCUAAUCAAGCGGAACGUUAUUUUGCUCUUUACGACAAAAUAAAACAGUUAUGUAUCAGAGCUGCCGAAGAAGCUGGCGACUACUUGCAUGAACGAAAGAUUACAAUGAUAAAUGCCGAACACAGUGCUGUUUAUGGUAAAAAAUAUGGAAUUCUGGUCACUCCAGAGUUGUUAUUUAGUUCUGUAAUAACGCAUGAAAUGGUACACAGCUUCUUCAUUGGCCACUCAUACAGUGAUCGAAACGUAAAGGUAUUUCCACAUGCCGCAGUCGGUGAAUAUGAUGACAUUUAUGAUCUAAUGAGUACAGCCAAUGCGAUGAUGCACAAGUCACCAUUUGGUUUUGGGGGUCCCGGACUUAACGGACCGCAUCUGGACUACCUGGGAUGGCUACCAAUGCAUCGCAUACUGUUCUUUGGAAAAAAUGACAAACAUAACUAUACAUUACGCCUUUCAUCAAUUAGUGUGCCACAUCAAAGUACGAAGGGGUGGCUUUUGGUUUUAAUUCCAUAUGACAGAGACAAUCCCAACAAUGUUUUUACGGUUGAGUUCAGGACUCAAUAUCAUCAGGAUGCUGGAAUUCAACGGAAUGCUGUGGUUAUCCAUAAAAUUAAACGAGUAGGGUCAAGUUAUUACUCGGCUGUCGUUACACACUCGGAAAGCAAGUACGAGCGCACUGAAGGAGAGGAAUGGAUCAAUUUCUUAGGACUGGACAGUUUGUCAAAACAGCGAUACAUCAGGCUACGUGUAGAAAGAAUCAAUUCGGCUCUGCAGUAUGCUGAUGUUAGGAUUAUGUCAACAUUUGAUCCGGUAUGCAUUUUGGAUGUUUACUCUGUGAAAUCUUUCUCUUAUCUUAAAAUUAAUAGUAAAAUUAAAAAUUUUCAGGACGCAUGUAAUGUUGAAGAAGUAGAUGUAAAACUCACUAACGAAGUUCCAGCUUCCAACAUCGACCAUAUUUGUGUGCCGAAAUCAGCAAAUUAUAACAAAAAACAGCUUUUUGAAAUCCAAGAAGCUCGACACAGAUUUUUCAAAGAUCGUAAAACAUUUGGGAUGAAUGAAUGUGUUUCUGGAAAAGUUUGGAGAGGAAUUGAUCCAUACGAUUACGUUUGUGUAAGGCCAUCACGGGUUGGCGAUUUUAAAAAAGAUGAUGAACCAAAUUCAUCUAGAAAAACGACAGAUGGCUGCAUAAAUCCCUAUGUAUUACGAAAUGCUUUUUAUGGAGAUACAGCUUGCGUUACAGUUUUAGAUCGGUUGCAGAUACGUGUAGAAAACUAUAGAAAUCGUGAAAAUAUCAAAAAUUACAAUUUUUUCAACGGAGAAGAUUCCGUUGAAGAAACGAGCUCAUGA